AAAGUUUAAAAACGUUAAUUCAUACAUAUUCUUACAAUAAAAUGAGCAAAACUGCAACAAAAUCGUUUACUGAUACAGCAAAAGAUUUUAAUAAUGAAUAUGGUAAAGGUGCAGCCUAUAUGACUGGAAAAUUUAUUGACGCCGUAGCUCCGUAUAUACCAUUAUUCGAUGCCGCAACGAAAUUAAUCAAAGAAAUUAUUGAUCUUCAUGAUGCGGCUCAAUAUAACAAAAAUACAUGUGCCAGGUUAAUGGAACGUGUGAUUGAUGCCAAUGGAGCGAUUGAAAAAUUAAAACGAACAAAAAAAAUUAACGAAAAAAAAUUUAAUGAUCAAAAUUUUUACAAUACUUUUCAAAGAUUUACGAAUAUCUUGAUAAAGAUUAAGGCAUUCGAGGAAGAUUUGGCAAAAAUGGGAAAUUUUAGAAAAACGUUUGAAGCAAGUAUGAUAAAAGAAAAAUUUAUCGCUUUAACAGGAGAAUUUGAUGCAACAAUGAGAGAUUUGAACUUCAGCAUGAUGAUUGACAAUGAAGAACAGAGAAAAAAAGAUUUUGAAAGUUUGGAAGAAGACCAUGACGAAAUAAAAAAGCUUCUUAUUUAUACUAGAGAAGCUGUCAUUGAAAAGGUUGAAGCAGUUGCCCAAGAAGUUCAAGUAAUGAGGUUACAACUUGAAGAAAAGCUUGAUAAUCAUCAUCAUGACCAUUCAGGCGAUAAAUCAGUUUAUAAAGUUUAUAAACCAGAACAAAUAGGCAGUGAACAAUUACAAUAUUGUCGCACGUCCUUAACGG